AAAGUGACUUGGUGUGUUUUCCUUGGGCUGUUGUAGAAACACAAUCUACCGGCAAGAACAAUGACGAGGCUAAGCUUUGUUACUAUGAAGCUGGUUAUGCAGCUUAUCAUGCUCUGAGGAUACUUGAAAGCCUCUAUAAAAAAGCCUUUUCUGGUAAAGAAACAUUUACGGUGAUCCCACCCGUCACCGCUAUUACCUGUGCUGGCCCCGAAGUUCGAGUGUGGCUAGUAUUCGCUGAUAAAAGGUUGUUCCAACUACAGAAGGUUAUGAUCUGUAUAUGGUCCGGGAAUCUAACCUCAACAUGGUGUGUGUUAUGUCUUCAGCAGAUAAUUAAAAAUAUGACUGGAUGGGCGACAAGAAUACUCAAGCCAGAACUUUCAUCAUGCAUCAGUCGAGUUAUAUCGGAAUCUCCUAGUGUUUUCGUUUAUCCGCUUGAUCAUCUCGGUAAAGUUAAAAAAGAGUGGCAUGAGGAACGGAUCACAAAGCAAUCGGAUUUGCAAAAAGGAAACAAAAAACAACGUCCUCUGUUUGGCUACCCUCCGGCUGAGAGAAGCUUCGAUAUAUUCAUGAGUACGAUCAAGCCUGCGGCUAAUACUGCAUCGGAGUUAUCAAAAGAGGAUGGAAAACCACGUCCUCUAUUUGACGACUCUCUGACUCAAAAAGACUCUGAUCCAUUGAACAAUACGGUCAAGUCUACGCUCAACGCUGCAUCUGAUUUACCAAAAAAAGCCGGAGAACUAAAUCCACUAUUUGGCUACCCUCCGACUGAAAGACAAUCUGAUACAUUGACGAGUACAAUCAAACCCACAGUCAAUGCUGCGUCGGGUUUGCCAGAAGAGACGGGAAACCCACAUUCUCUAUUUAGCUACCCUCCAACUGAAAUACGCUCUGAUAGAUCAAUGACUACGGCCGAUACUACGACUCCCUUGGCCUCCAGGAAUGUCGAACCUGCCACAAGAGGGAAGAAAAGAAUUAUGCACAACGGGAGAUAUAUUACAAUAAAUCUUCCCAGUGUUGAUAAUCGAAAAUGUCAUCUUGGAAAAUUGAACAACCUCGACGCAGAUGCACUGGGAUCCGAUAACUCAGUACACUUGCCUAGAGAACCCGAAACUGCACCAGCAGCUAGGGUUGAGAUACAGGGGGAAAGUGCAUCAGAUAACACCGUGACGCAAGGUGGUGUUGGUUCUUCAGGUUCUUCUCAGGGAGCCAGCUUCUACACAGCUAGGGAGAUUAGUUCUCCAGUAGAAGAUCUUUCUCAAAUGUACUGCACUUACGAGACUACUAAAUCGUCCUCUAGAAGAGCGCAUAACACGUGGUGGGAGUCGUACUACUUUGGUCUUGAUGAAAAUCUUGAUAAGGGUGAGGAUAAUGACGAGGAUAAUGGCGAGGAUAAUGGCGAGGAUAAUGACGAGGAUAACGACGAGUAUAAUGACGAGGAUAACGACGAGGAUAGCGAUGACGAUGACGAUGAUGAUGAGUCUUACGUUCCAUCUACUAACAGUGAUAUGGACAUGAGUGAAUCGGAAGCAUCAUCCGAGUCUAGUAGCACUGAUGAGGAAGCUACCACAAGCAUAACCAACACAGAUGGCGAAAGGAACCCAUCAGAAAUAAACAACGAAGAAAACGCGAACAAAAGCACGGACCUCGCGUCUCAAGGUGUUUCUUCAUCAGGUCGGAUCAGACUUCUCAGUGAAAUUGAGAUAAAAAAGACCCUGUUGAAAGCUGUAUUUGCUCUUGAUAAAUCUGAAUUCGCCAGUCUCAAAACUGUUCCGGAGAUUCUUCAAGGUCUUUCCAGGGCCGAACUCUACAGUGCCCUAUGGCGGUAUUCAGAAGCCGAGUAUACCGAGGAUACCCCCAAAGAGAUUGAUCAAACCAUGUCCAAAGAUGAGAUUGACCAAACCAAGGCGCAACUACAAGAUAUGAGCAAAACUAGUCUAGGAGAAAACCUCCUUAUAUUCCUCUGUUCCCCAGAUCUGUUUUUCGAUAUAUGCUCCGAUUUUUUGAAUCUAGAUCAUGUGCUGAGAAUAGGGGCCGAAGCACUCGAUAUCAUUCACUCGAAAAGCCCAUUGCCAAUCGACUAGUUGUGAUUGGAUACAUGGACUGUUGGAUAUUGGUUAUACCUAUCGAAUAGGGCAUCUACUCUCUUUACCAUUGGUCUUGUUUGUCAUUCGUUUAUUGUCCUAUAUGACUAUACUCCACACCAUUUGUUCUGCACGUGACGAAUGCCUUGCUUAAACAUUUAGCAUUUUACCCUUGAAGCCGACAACCUUGACAUCAAGCCCUAGCCAUUUCCAAUGGAUUACAAUUCACAUUUCAAAUCAAUCAUGAGCGUCUCAUUUUUGGUGCAGUUGGCGUUUGCUUCAUGUAGGAAUCGAAAUUGAUCAAUAACAGGUGACGGGUGUUAGUUGAGAAUGGACGUCAAUUGGGAGGCUGCCUUUACUACUUUAGCAGG